AUGACGAUGAAAGAAGCUUUGCAGAAAGCCGGAGAAUCAUUAACACUCGUUGAGCACUUGAAGUCGUGUAAACGGCAUGAGGUACAAGACACUUUAUCUCUCAACAAUGCUAGAAAUAUGCCAAGUUAUAAGCAAAACGUCGCGAAGCGAAUCAGAAAGGUCGAGUCAUUUAAUAUAGCAAGACAAGAGCUCAUUAAGGAGAAACGGGCGCAUGUAAAAAAUUUAAGAAAAGAACGGGAUACAAUAAACCGUAUUAAUAUUCAAUUUGCAAAAUUCCUAAGACAAAGUGUAAUAGCUCCAUUCAAUGACGUAUAUGCUGACUACUUGGAUCAUUUUAUACAAGAGGAGAAAAUCAAGAAGGCUCAUAAUUUGUCUAAUUACAAUGAUAAAGUUCUCAAAGGCCUCGAGAGAGUAUAUCUGACGAAGAUAGAGAGUAUUAAAAACGCGAUUGGGAAGGAUCAUUCUUUCGAACAACUGAUCUCGCCAGAAGACAUAGAAAUGCUUGUACAAGAAUUAUAUUCUCUAGAAUUAUAUGGUGCAGCCCUGAAAAAAGCAAACGACAUAGAAAUAAGCAGUGAGAAUUUUGCGUUCUUAGAUAAAAGCAAUAACGGUCCUAUGAGGGAAAAAGUGGGCACGAUGCAAUCGCAAAAGCAUUACUCUUCUUCGUCUUUAUUUUGA